CGGCAACCAUCGUUGCCAUGGACCUUGGUUGGGCGCGAAGGCCAAAUCACCUGUGGUGGCCCGUGUAUAUCUGCCAGACUAAGAUGUUUCGCAAAGAAGAUCUUCACUAUCUGCAGAACGAGCACAAGUCAGCCAUGGAAGUGGCUGUGAAAUCCAAGAGCGUCCUGGUGUACUACUUGGGGCAAUACACAUUUGCGUCAAGGACGAAAGGGGAUGUCAAGCAAUGGGCUUGUCCGGAACACAACACCUUUAGUGGACACGAGACCAUCACGGAUGCCGAGAUGUUAUUACAAUUCACGACAGCCAUGACCGAAGCCAAGGUUUAUGUCGACACAGGCAUCCUCCCCUUCUUGGCGCCGUCCGACGUAAAUCAGGCCUUGAAACCUCCAGCGUGGCCCCAGGAUAUCGCCCCAGGAACGAUCACAUGGUUGAAGCACGCAACAAAGUCAUGGACUCCAGCCUAUGUGUUGGAUCCUACGCAUUUGAGUGCCAAGCGCGGCGUAGCCAGUUCACACGUGAAGGAUCAGCUGCGGCUGGCCAAGAAGAACCCACACAAGUACUACCUGGUCUACAAGUUCGGAGAAUGCAACAUCAUGCUAUGGAAGCGCGAAAAUGCCAAGAUGCUGCUGUGGGGCGGCCCUGAACACAGCAAGCUCUUGCUAGGUAUCCCGAGAAGGGAAAGCAACACGUUCCUUGCAACCGCCAUGCAAAGACUCGAGAGUUUUCUAGCGGCGAAACAAAACCAGAAAAAGCUAGCUGUGAAUAAUGCAUACACAGUCAAGGUCUCGUGGCUUCGAUUGCCGUCCAGCCAAAUCGAUCCCAACCAAAUCCAAGACAACGACGACGACGACGUUAGUACCGAGGACGAAGCCGAGAAUGACACGAUGGCAAGCAGUGGUAAGGACAUGUCGACUCUUUCUGUGCGAAAGCGCAAAGCUGUCGAGGAAGCACCACCUGCGAUGAUCAUCUACUCCAAGAAAACCCACUUGGCAACUGUCAUGGGCACGUCCAAACGACCUGCAAUUAGUCCCCAGCCAAAAACAUCGCUUCCCCCUCCAGUUCCGCCGCUUUUCCGCAAUGGGGUGGCUUGGGCCCACGUCCGAGGCCAACUGUGGUGGCCAGUGUAUAUUUGCAACCCACACCUGUGGUCUCCACAGCCAGACUCGCCUACCCUGACGUAUGACGUGUACUCGUUUGGGUACCACACGAUGAGGAGUCGUGCGUUUACAUUGGCGCAGCUACGGCCAUGGAAGUGUCCUGAAGCACCAAGGCUCCGUGAAACCAUCUUCACGGCGCUUGACCAGAGCAAAGUGUCGGACCAAGAAACACUGGGGAACGCCCUCGUGGAAGCCGACAAUUAUUAUGUCGAAUACGAGCAGAUUCAGAGCUACUCGAACUUGGACAUAAACAUCAAACGCAUAAACCGCAAUAACAAGCGUGGCGUGUUUUGAAAGACGAUGUUUUCCUAUUGAACAAUCCAUUAAUACUAGUACUAUUAAUAUUAAUAUUAAUAGUACUCCACUAGAG